AUGGCUUCCUCCAUAACAAACCCAUUAUUCUCCUCCAAAUUCUUGGGCACCCGAGUCUUCACAUCCCCUCCCACUCCCAAAACAGUCCCACGAAGAUUCGCCAUCCCAAAAUCACUUCUUGAUGAUAAAAGCUACACAAUUUCGAAAAAUCUAACCAAUCGUGCAGCUCUAGCCGCGCUACUGUUCUCUUCAGUCACUCCACAUGCGCUGGCGCUGGAUGGUUCCCCGCCGCCACCAGCCCCCGCUCCACAGGUUGUCGAAAUCGAGGCCCAAAAGCCCGGCCCGUUGUCGCCCUUCGGCCAAGACCUUAUCUUGAAUGCGCCGAAGCCCCAGGCCCAGCCCGCUUCCGACCUCCCCGAGGGCUCCCAGUGGCGAUACAGCGAGUUCCUGAACGCGGUGAAGAAGGGAAAGGUCGAGAGGGUUAGGUUCAGUAAAGACGGAAGUGCCCUUCAGCUCACGGCCGUCGACGGCCGCCGAGCCACGGUGGUCGUGCCCAAUGACCCGGACCUGAUCGACAUAUUGGCCAUGAACGGCGUAGAUAUAUCCGUCUCCGAGGGCGAAUCUGGAAACGGUCUGUUUAGUUUCAUCGGGAAUCUAAUCUUCCCCUUUCUUGCCUUUGCGGGCCUCUUCUUCCUGUUCCGUCGGGCUCAGGGAGGGCCCGGAGGGCCCGGCGGUCUCGGUGGCCCAAUGGACUUCGGCCGCUCCAAAUCCAAGUUCCAGGAGGUCCCAGAGACUGGCGUGACGUUUGCUGACGUGGCGGGAGCUGACCAGGCAAAGCUUGAGCUUCAGGAAGUAGUCGAUUUCUUGAAAAACCCAGAUAAAUACACAGCAUUAGGCGCAAAAAUUCCCAAAGGCUGUCUCUUGGUGGGCCCACCAGGGACUGGGAAGACCCUCUUGGCCAGGGCUGUGGCAGGAGAGGCAGGCGUGCCAUUUUUCUCGUGUGCGGCUUCGGAGUUUGUCGAGCUUUUUGUGGGUGUGGGGGCUUCUAGAGUGAGGGAUUUAUUCGAGAAGGCAAAAUCGAAAGCUCCGUGCAUUGUGUUUAUUGACGAGAUCGAUGCUGUUGGGAGGCAGAGAGGGGCUGGGCUUGGUGGUGGGAAUGAUGAGAGAGAGCAGACGAUUAAUCAGCUCUUGACUGAAAUGGAUGGGUUUUCGGGUAACUCGGGUGUUAUAGUGCUGGCGGCUACAAACAGGCCCGAUGUGCUUGAUUCGGCUUUGUUGAGGCCCGGGAGGUUUGAUCGGCAGGUGACUGUCGAUCGGCCAGAUGUUGCAGGGAGAGUCAAGAUUCUUCAGGUGCACUCAAGAGGGAAGGCCCUGGCCAAGGACGUUGAUUUCGAGAAAAUAGCGAGGAGGACACCUGGCUUCACGGGGGCCGAUCUGCAAAACCUCAUGAACGAGGCCGCCAUCCUGGCGGCAAGGCGUGACCUCAAGGAGAUAAGCAAGGACGAGAUAUCUGAUGCCCUCGAAAGAAUAAUCGCAGGGCCCGAGAAGAAGAAUGCUGUUGUCUCUGAUGAAAAGAAGAGGCUCGUGGCUUAUCACGGUACAAAAACAGAAAAAAUAAAGGUUGCCGAGGAGGCUAUCUUCGGACAAGAUAAUGUGACAACAGGAGCUUCCAAUGACUUCAUGCAAGUUUCAAGGGUUGCAAGGCAAAUGGUCGAGAGGUUUGGCUUCAGCAAAAAGAUCGGUCAAGUGGCUAUUGGUGGGCCCGGUGGAAAUCCCUUCCUUGGCCAGCAGAUGUCGACCCAGAAAGACUACUCGAUGGCGACUGCAGACAUUGUUGAUGCAGAGGUGAGGGAGCUUGUAGACCGGGCGUACUCUAGGGCAAAGCAGAUAAUCACAACCCAUAUCGACAUUCUUCACAAGCUGGCUCAGUUGCUGAUUGAGAAAGAAACUGUUGAUGGAGAGGAGUUCAUGAGCCUCUUCAUUGAUGGCAAGGCUGAACUAUUUGUUGCAUGA